AUGGUCGGAUCUCUCAUCUAUCUCACAAACACAAGACCAGACAUCGUUCAUGCAGUCAGCAUCAUCUCAAGGUUUAUGAGUGAGCCAAGCAAAGCUCACUUAGCAGCAGCCAAGAGGAUACUCAAGUAUAUUAAAGGAACAAAAAGCUAUGGGAUAAUGUACGAGUCCGAAGCAGACUACAAGCUCAUAGGCUACACGGAUAGUGACUGGGCAGGAAGCAUCGACGAUCGAAGAAGUACGAGUGGAUACGUGUUCCAGCUAGGGUCCAAGUCUAUCUCAUGGUCAUCAAAGAAACAAGCUACGGUAGCACUAUCAUCAUCAGAAGCAGAAUACGUAUCAGCUACAAGCGCGGCAUGUGAAGCAGUAUGGCUAAGAAAAAAUGGCUAA